AUGUAUAUGCUAUCGGAUGAGGAAGUAGCCUACUCCAAUAGUCUGUACAGUGGGGAAACCGGGACGGAAGCGAAUGACACUAGCGAGGAGCGGUCCCACGGGUACGAACGGAGCCAACUGGGCAACUUCCACCGGACGGGCGGAGCGCGGGGGAGGAGGCACACGUACAAGAUGUGGCGCAAAGAGGCAAAUCAAAUUGCGAGCCAAAGUGAGAGCCAAAGCGAAAGCCAAAGUGAGUAUCGGCGCGACGACGACAGUGAGUACCGGGGGGAAGACCAUAAUGCCUACCAGCUCGAGUAUCAAAAUCCGUACCAGCUGAAGCAUGAAAGUCCUUACACGCACGAGUAUCAGAGUCCGCCCCAAUGUGAAGGCGAAAUGUUCAAGUACGUCUGCAUAGCAUCGAUAGAGGACGUCGAAAUUUUGUUCAAGUGCAGCUUCCUGCCCCAUGAGCUGGACGCCGCCGCGAACUACACAAUAAAAAAAAUACUGGGUGCCUCCAAAAGGAAACUAAAUCAUUGCAAUAAAAAAAUGCUUAAUUGGGACAACAGAAUUAUUUAUUUCACAAUCUGCACAGAAAAAAAAAUGGCAUUCUUUCUUAUCGGAUUGCAUAUGAAAGCUUACUUCAAGAAUUACGCAUUCGAGUUCUUGAAGAAACUGGAAAUAUACACAAAGUCGGAUUUAUUUUCUGGCCAGAAUUACAAAGCGAAAAAUAUCAACCCGUCCAAAAUGCACACCACAGAAGCGUUUUUGCAGCGCACAAUUAAAGGCAUUAAUAAAUGUUGUCGUGAUGAAAAAAUGAUAGCAGUGAAACAAAAGCUACAUAAAAUUAAUUCCGUCAUGAAUAAUCACAUCGAUAAUUUAUAUCAAUCCAGGGGAAACAUAAAAGCUCUCAAACAUAAGACGCAAAACAUGUCGAAAAACACGUUACACUUUGUUCAAAAUAGUAAAAAAUUGAAAAGAAUUAUGCUCAUGAAGUACUGGAAGACAUAUGUUUUCUUGGCCUGUUUCGCGAUCAUAGGAUUUAAGGUUUACCGAUCCAUAUGA